AUGAUUCCCCUCCUGCACGCCCUGGCCUGGGCCCUCUUGGCCAUCCUCGUCCACGGUGACCGCGAGUACAGCAAACUCUUCAUCAAAGGCCCGGCGUUCUCGCUCUACCCCGACCCGACCUUUACCGUGGUUAGCCCCGAACUAGGUCGGUCUGGAGCGUGGAUGAGCAGCAACUACACCGCAGACGGAUCCGGCCGCUUCCCGGGCCUCGAAUGGAAAAGUCCCUCGCCCUACGUGAAAGAGUACCUGCUCGUCAGCGAGGAUCCUGAUGCUCCGCUCUCGCAUCCGAUCGUCCACGGUCUGUACUAUGGGAUUCCGCGCGUGUUUACCGGAUUGGGGGAUGAGGAUUUCCAGUACGGGACGGAGCCGUAUACGGUGUCUGGGGGUUUCAAGUAUGGUGUCUGUCGCGGGGGAGGGGUUUAUCUGCCGCCGAGUCCUAUGGCUGGCCAUGGACCGCAUCGGUAUUUCUUCGAGGUCAUUGCGUUGAAUGAGCGGAUCGAUACGGGGAAGCUAAAGAGUCCUGUGACGCUGGAUAAGAUCUCGCAUGCGAUUGAGGGUAAAGUCAUUGGAUGGGGGAUGUGGAUUGGGCUGGUGGAGCGGAAGUGA